AUGGCAGCGUCCAGGGCGGUGAAAAUUCAGCGUGUCAAAAUAUGUUUUCUACUCUUGUGCGCCAUAGGAAUUUUUGCUUCUCUUUAUGCAUACCAUGUGGAGGUGUCAAAGGAACGGGAUGGAUCGUACAAAGCCAUGUGUGACAUAAGCGCCUACAUCAGCUGUUCUAAAGUGUUCACAUCCAGAUACGGACGGGGAUUUGGCAUACUUGAUCGUUUCGUAGCCAAAGACAGCAUAAUAAACCAGCCUAACUCAGUAUUUGGACUUGCAUUUUACACAUUCCAUGUGUCUUUAGCCUUCUCCCAAACUCCGGCUUCGGCUGCCGUUCAGAUUGGGUUUUCCGUUGUAGCCAACUUAGGAUCCAUCUACCUGGCCUACAUUUUGUACUUUAUAUUACAAGAUUUCUGCGUGGUCUGCGUGUCUAUGUAUGUCAUCAAUGCUCUAAUCCUCGCCACCUCCAUCAUCAAGUUUAAAAUCCUCGUUAACCAGGUGAUUAAAGAUAGCAAGAAGAAAAGAGGAUAAAGAACGCACAGUAUUGGUUUGUUUUGUGAAAUCAGGAAUGAUGAAAUGACUUCCACUCUGUGCUCAUAAGCCCAACCUAAACACAGGUUGUCAUGGUGAUGGGCUACUUUAUAAUAUGUCAUUCCUGGUCAUUGCUGUAUCAUCUCUGACAAAUAAUACUCAUCUGGUCUAAGGAA